ACCUUGUUGGAUCAAAUGUUUAUGACAUUGAUGACAGCAGGAUUCAUCACUGGAAUGCUGGGGAAUGUGUUCAUUGGACUGGUAAACUGCUCUGACUGGGUAAAGAACCACAAAGUCACUUUCAUCAACUUCAUCCUGAUCUGUUUGGCAGUUUCCAGAAUGAGCUCCCUGCUUGUGGUAUUUGUUGAUGCAAUUAUAUUGGAACUAGCUCCUCAUGUCUAUGAUUCUUCCAGUCUAACAAAAUGCUUUCAUAUAUUAUGGAUCAUGACUGACCAACUGUCUAUAUGGUUUGCCACCUGCCUCAGCAUCUUCUAUUUCCUCAAAAUUGCCCAUUUCUCCCAUCCCCUUUUCCUCUGGUUGAAGUGGAGAAUGAGAAGCAUGAUUGUUGUUUUUCUUGCAUUUUCUUUGUUCUUGCUGAUUUUUUAUUUUCUACUGCUUGGAGCACUUCCUAUUUUCAGGGAGAUUUACAUGAUAGCUAAAAGCAAUCAGACUUUAUUUUCAGAUACAUGUGAAACCAUUGCUGUCAAAAACCUAAUUGUUUUUCAUCUGACAUACUUGGUACCAUUUUUUGUGUCCCUAGUAUCAUUGCUGCUUUUAUUUUUGUCCUUGGUGAAGCACUCCAGAAAUUGCCACCUCAUUUCCACCAGCUCUGAAGAUUCUAGAACCAAGGUCCACAAGAAGGCAAUGAAAAUGCUGCUGUCUUUUCUCAUUCUCUUUAUAAUUCACAUUUUUUUCGUGCAGCUGACACAUUGGUUAUUUAUGUAUUGUCCAAAGAACAUCUCAGUUAAUUUUGUUAUGUUAACAUUAAUUAUCUUUCCUUUAAGUCACUCAUAUAUUCUGAUUCUGGGAAAUAGCAAGCUUCGGCAGAUAGCAGUGAGGGCCCUUCAACAUCUUAAAAGCCAGCUGCAAAAGAUGAUCCUCUCCCUUCAUAGAUUCUCCAGAGUCUUUACUAAGUGA